CAAGUAUACUUGUCAUCAAAUUCAUUCAAUGGCCCUAUUCCAUUAGAUUUUGGAAACCUAAGAGUCUUGAUUGAAGUGGAUUUAUCUAGAAAUCAGCUAUCAGGCAAUUUACUUGGCACCAUUGGGGAUCUCAAAGAUUUGACUUAUCUUUCCUUGCCAAAAAAUGCAUUAGAAGGUAAUAUUCCUCAAUCAUUUGAUGGGUUGGUAGCCUUGGAAGUUUUGGAUCUCUCUAACAAUAUUCUCUCUGGAGUAAUUCCAAAGUCUUUGGAAGGACUUUCCUAUCUCAAAUUCUUCAAUGUAUCUUUCAAUAGACUUGAAGGAGAAAUCCCAAGUGGAGGAUCAUUCAGAAACUUCUCUGCUCAAUCAUUUAUUGGAAACAUUGCCCUAUGUGAUCCUACAAAGAUUGGAUAUAGUGAUUGAUGUGGCUUCUGCUUUAGAAUAUCUUCACCAUGGACACUCAAUUUCAAUCAUCCAUUGUGAUUUGAAACCUAGCAAUGUGCUGCUUGAUGAAGAUAUGGUUGCACAUGUGGGGGAUUUUGGCCUUGCCAAGCUUUUGGGAGAAGGGGCAUCUGUGAUGCAGACAAUGCAAAUUGCCACUAUAGGUUACAUGGCACCAGAGUAUGGAUCAUUGGGAAUGGUUUCUACAAAAGGGGAUGUUUACAGCUAUGGCAUCUUAGUCAUGGAGACAUGCACAAGACGGAAACCCAUGGACAAAAUGUUUAUCGGAGAAAUGAGCUUGAAGACGUGGGUGAAUGAAUCAUUAUGUUGUUCACAAAUUGAGGUUGUGGAUGCCAAUUUAAUGGCAGAGGAGGAGCAUUUCAUUGCUAAAGCAAAUUGUGUAUCAUCUGUUCUAGAAGUAGCUUUGAAUUGCUGUGCAGAAGCACCCAAAGUAAGGAGAAAUAUGAUGGAUGUCGCAGCAAUGCUUAAAAAGAUCAAAAAUCAAUAUCUUAAGGAAAUUGGAAAUUGAGAAGAUCAUGUAAAUUAAAUAACUAGAAAUAAAGACUACUUUAGUGUUGAAAUUAAGCUUUUGGACAAAGGAUAAAUAUGGUUUCUCCACUUGCAUACAUUUCAUAAAAUAAAUUACUUGGAAAACUCCAUUUUAUUUCCUUGGUCGUCUUGUUUGCAAUGCAUCGAUAAUGCUUUAAUUUUAGGCUUUAGAAGAAUGCAAAGGUAUGUGCAGCAGAAAGAGCUCUUUAACUCAAUCUGUGCAUAAAAUAGUCUAUUCCCG